CCGCCGUCGCGAUGCCCAAGUAGUGGACCACGUCGGCGCUGACCCGGGCUAUGGCCCGCCGCCGUUCUUGGCCUGUUAUCGCAGUGGACCAGCAACGCACCGUUAUUGUUGUUUUCGGAUGAUAUCUUCUCUCCUGCGGGCAUCCCUUCCCACCGCAGCCUCACCAGCAUUGCUAUGAGUAGUGGGAGCGAUAACAUCUGCACUGAGGCACACCAGGCAUCUUCUCCUCAUCCCAGCGCGACCCGGAGCAUGUCGAGCAACCCCAGCAUGCGGAGACUGCUCGUGCCCGUACGUGCAGGCCUGCUCCUUGCUAACCUGGCGGUGGCCUUCGUCCCCUAUAAGCACCUUCUCGUAUAUCUGGAGGUUUGACCCAAGGGAUGAGAGCGCCUUCCUGGGUAGCCUGGCCGCGAGAACUGCGGGCUCAGCUGUAGCUUGGUGUCGAAUUGCCCACAAAUAUGGUUCCCCGGGGGGGUCACGUGAAAGAUCCAAGACCGGCCAAAAACACCAAAACACUUGUGCUCACACCAGCCGAGCAGGUACUGGUGAAACCGGACAGCAAACACCACCAACAGCUUGUACACAGGACAGUCGAGAAGGCACAGACGAAACCAUCCAGCAAGAUGCAAGCCAAUCCGGGCUCGGCUCUAACGCAAGAGUCCGCCUCAGUCGACCGGGGAGAUUUUGUGGGCUCUGAUGAGGAAGACGAGGUGGAGGAUGAGUCGGAGGACUCACUGCAGUAUCUCUACGGCCUAUACUAUCCCGUGCGCAUCGGGGACCUCUUCCACCGAGACCGAUAUCAAAUUAUUCACAAGCUCGGCCGUGGCGGUUUCUCCACAGUGUGGCUGGCGCAUGACAGGCGAGAUGGGAAGGAUGUCGCCCUCAAGAUCCUUAGCUCGUCUGAGAAUGCUGCUAAGGAAUACAAAAUCCACGAAGCCAUCAGGCAAAGGGUACAGGGUCGCUCUCGGCUGGUCUUGUUCCAGGACUACUUCACGCUGACCUGGGUGGACCGUUCCAAAACCGAGCGCAAGCAUCAUGUCCUAGUUCUGCCUCUGCACGGCCCGAGCCUUUUGACGCUCUUGAACACAAGAAAUAAGCCACUCUCGGAGCGCAUGUCUGCCGCAAAGCAGAUCUUACAAGCCAUCGCUACCAUCCACAGUGCUGGGCUGGUUCAUAGAGAUAUCGUCCUCGGUAACGUCGUGUGUGGCCUGAAGGUAGACCUCGGGAAGAAGUCUGUAAAUGAGAAGUACCAGCUUCUCGGUCGGCCGCGGAAGGCAAAAGCACUUUGGGAGGAGGACCCCGAAACAGGCAAGGACGUGAUCCUCGGGGAACUGGUGGCACCGGCCACGUUUCCACCUGCCCUGGUCGGAGCAGAUGCAUACCUGUGCGACUUCGGCAUUCUCGUCCCAGCUGGCACCUCGGUGCGAAACAAGCUUCAGUCACAGCCAGUCUACUGCGCCCCUGAGCUCUUCCACAAUAUUGAGCCUAGCUUUGCCAGUGACGUCUGGAGCUACAUGGUCCUGUUCUUAUACCUGUACACGGAGAAUUCAGUCUUUGCAAUCGGACCGGGUUUUGCGGGCGUACUUAACUCCAUUGUCGAUGGGGUGGGUUUGCUUCCGAAGGAGUGGAAGGGACGCUACGAGGCUUACGAUAAAGCAAAAGCCAAGGAGGCGUGGUACGGCAGGGGUUCGCCAGCGAAGAGCAUGUUUAGUGCUUUUCUGGAUAUGCACCGGCCUGAUAUAACCGCAGCUGAGAAGGCACUCGUGCAUUCGAUAAUCCAACAGGUCUUUCGUCCAAGGCCGGGAGAUCGCGUCACGGCCGUGGGGCUUAUGGACAAUACGGAUUUCAAGGCGCUGAUGAGUAUUUAUGGAGUGCAUUAAGGGGUUCAGGGCAUAGGGUCAUAUGAGUUAUCAUUUCCUGGCUUGUGAACCUAGCCGGCGGAUGAGAAGACGAGACCAGCAUGUUUCUAUAACUAGACGCCCACGAUGAGUUAGGCCCCUAGUCUGGAAAUAAGAGCAGGCUGUCUUUCGGGGUCGAAGGUACUUAGACGGCCUUAUUGUUGACAUGUGUCCCUGCAAGGUGCCCCUCCAGCCCUGAGCAUCCGGCCUCCAAUCCAUCAGUCUUUGCUAUCUUGCCUCUUCUUACUCCGC